GCCCGAGCCUCAAUCGACCACCGCUCAUCACCCUUUGCUACUCUCCCCUCUUUCACUUUGUCCUUUCCUCUCAUCGGCCUGUGCGAGAUCGGCGCCAUUGAGGUUCUUCGCGAUGCUAUCUUCACGCUCUUUUGCCGCUCCGGCUCGUCAAUGCCUGCGCCAGGCCCGCGCCUCUCCUCGAUGGGUCCCAGCUACUGUGCAGAUCUCUGCCAGAUUCUAUAGCGCCAUCCCAGCGAAGGAUAAGGUCGCCAAGUUCAAUGGCACCAAGAACAAGGAUGGCAACUACACUGUCACUCUGAUCGAGGGUGACGGUAUCGGACCUGAAAUCGCUCAGUCCGUCAAGGACAUCUUUUCCGCCGCCAAGGUGCCCAUUGUGUGGGAGCCCGUCGAUGUUACCCCGCAGCUCAAGGACGGCAAGACCGUCAUUCCCGAUGCUGCCAUUGACAGUGUCAAGAAGAACUAUGUCGCCCUCAAGGGUCCUCUUGCUACCCCUGUUGGCAAGGGUCACGUCUCUCUCAACUUGACUCUCCGUCGUACCUUCAACCUUUUCGCCAACGUCCGACCUUGCCGCUCCAUUGCCGGCUACAAGACCCCCUACGACAACGUCGACACCCACCUCAUCCGAGAGAACACUGAGGGUGAAUACUCUGGCAUUGAGCACGUCGUCGUUGACGGUGUCGUGCAGAGCAUCAAGCUCAUCACCAAGGCCGCUUCCGAGCGUGUCCUCCGCUUUGCCUUCCAGUACGCUGAGGAGAUUGGCAAGAACAAGGUCCGCGCCGUGCACAAGGCCACCAUUAUGAAGAUGUCCGACGGUCUCUUCCUCGGCACCGCCCGCGAAGUCAGCAAGGAAUUCCCCAACGUCGAGUUCGACGCUGAGCUGCUCGACAAUACCUGCUUGAAGAUGGUCACCGACCCUCUUCCUUACAACGACAAGGUCCUUGUCAUGCCCAACCUCUACGGUGACAUUCUUUCCGACAUGUGCGCCGGUCUGAUUGGUGGUCUCGGUCUGACCCCCUCCGGUAACAUUGGUGACGAGUGCUCCAUCUUCGAGGCCGUUCACGGUUCCGCCCCCGACAUUGCUGGCAAGGGUCUCGCCAACCCCACUGCCCUGCUUCUCAGCAGUAUCAUGAUGCUUCGUCACAUGGGUCUCUUUGACCACGCUCUCAAGGUUGAGAAGGCCAUCUUUGACACCCUCGCUGAUGGCAAGACCCUUACUGGUGACCUUGGUGGCAAGGCUAAGACCCACGAGUACGCCGCUGCCAUCAUUUCCAAGCUGUAAAUUUACUAGCCAUAUACAAUUGACGGGGAGUGCUGGAGAGGACAAAACCGAAAGGGGUAAUUCUAUGUUUUACUUUUCGCCAUCACGAAGAUCGUUUCUUGUUGGAGGCGUGUGUGUAUAGAUAAUGCAGAUGCGUUUCAUACCCGGAUAAUUCUUUUGUUUUUUGAAACACGCUACAAUCGAGAUGCGAUUCCUUUGGUGAUGGGUCCAGGAUUACUAGGGCUGGGUGAUUUGAUCGAUUGAUGUUUUUUUGAAAGUUGAAAAGUGAAAAUGGUCAGUCAGAGCGUAGCAGAAGAUUGUCACAGAAGCCCCCUAGAUUAUCGCCCCUGUAUCAUUACCGCACGACCAAUAUCUUUGACAAUAUAGUCAUUUAUAUUACUUGCC